AACAUGGUUAAUAUGAGUGAGUAGCUUAACACCCUGCAAAUGUGCUUCGUCUAAACUCCUCACAAUUUUACACAUACGCACGCAGAUAUAGAUAGAGAAAACAGAAGAAGGGCAGGAGGAGGAGCGCUUUCUCUUCCUUUCCUUGCUUUCCAGACUCUGCAAAUCAUAACAAGUUUUCAGUCAUUUCCUUUUCACCACAAACCCUCUGUUUGCAGGUACAACUAUAUGUUCCGGUGAAGAUGAUAAAAAGAGAUUCAACAAGGUCUAGCAUUGUGCUGGUACACUAUUAUACAUGGUAGAUAAAGUGAGUAGCCUCAUCACACAUACUUUGAGGGUUGUGCUUCUUUGUGACCGUUUUGCUCAUAAGAAACCACUAAAGGGAAAUUCUUUAUGUCACUCUCGUGUGGAUAAUGGUGAGAUGGAUGGUAUUGUUAUACGCUUCGUAAUCUCACUACACAUAUACCUUGUGUAGGGUUUAAAUCUUGUAAUUGUGAAAAAUGGAGUUGUCUUUGCCUUCCUCAUUGCAAAGGAAUUGGCCCAUCAGUUCUCUCAAUUCCAGCUUCCUUCCUCAUUAUCCUCCUUGCUUAUUAGGUACAGUCAAGAAGAAUUGUAAAAUCAACCAGAUCUCACAAAAUAUCUCUUUUUCAAUAUCAUGCUCAUCUGUCAAAACUGUCCGUUGUCCUUCACUGGACAGACAUGUUGUGAAGCAGAACAAGAUACGUUUUGUCCAAAAGCUACAAACACUGCUCCUUUCUAAACCAAAAUGCUAUAUUCCAAAGCCACGGUCCAUCCUCUCAAUGAUCCAUCGUUACCCUACCAUUUUCGAACUCUUCUCAAUCCCAACACCUCCUUUGCCAGUCAACGCAACCAAGUCAUUAUCACAACUCUGUGUCCGUCUAACCCCAGCUGCAGCUGCCCUUGCUGCUCAGGAAUUAAGUCUUAAAUCAGCCAUCUCUGACUCUUUGGCCACCAAACUCCAGAAACUUCUUAUGCUCUCGUCUCAUCACCGGCUACUUCUGUCAAAAUUGGUUCAUCUAGCUCCAGAUCUUGGUCUUCCCCCUAAUUUCCGCUCUCGUUUAUGCAAUGACCAUCCAAAUAAAUUCAAGACUAUUGACACCUCCUAUGGCCGUGCGCUCGAGCUGGUCUCCUGGGACCAAGACUUGGCAAAGCCUUUAUCAUCUCCUAAAGUUCAAUCGCGUCAGCUAAUAGUAGACAGACCUUUGAAGUUCAACCAGUUGACACUUCGAAAAGGGCUAAAUUUGAAAAGGCGUCACCAAGAUUUUUUGCUCAAGUUUAAAGAAAUUCCAGAUGUGUGCCCAUACAAUACCCCUGUCUCGGACUUGCCUAAAGAGUCAAUUGAGGCAGAGAAGAGAGCUUGUUUGGUGGUGAGAGAAGUGCUAGGAAUGACAGUUGAAAAGAGAACUUUGAUAGACCACUUGACUCAUUUUAGGAAAGAGUUUGUGCUGCCAAACAAAUUGAGACGGAUGAUCGUGCGGCACCCAGAGUUAUUCUACGUGAGCUUGAAAGGCCAGAGAGAUUCUGUGUUCUUGGUGGAGGGUUUUGAUGAUAAGGGUGUGCUGUUGGAGAAGAAAGAGACUUUGGUGAUAAAGGAAAAGUUGAUGGAGUUGGUCAGCGAAAGCAAGAGACUAAGGAGAGAGAGGAGGAACACUCGCAUUAACAACACUGAGAUUGGUGACGCUAGUGAUGAGUUUGAGUAUGAUGACAAUGAUGAUGAUUAUGAUGACGGUUUUCAGAGUUUGUUUGAGUCUGAAGAUUUGUAUUUGGAUGAUGAUGGUGAUGAGAAGGUUGAGACAGUGGACUACAGGGAGAAUGCGCAGUUUUGGACUGUUGAUGCUCAUUCUGUUCUUGGUGGCGGGAAGCAAUCUAUGGAACCUUGGUAGCUGAGAAUGUCAAAAAUGUACAUAUCUUACCUGAAAAUAAUCAAAGUGGUGAGGGUAUUAUUUUU